GAGCGGCGACUCAAAAGUGUGGGCUCACGCGUCCGCUGACACUUGGGCUGUUCAAAAUGGAAUUUCGACGUACGAUUUGGACACGUCGAGCAUCAAACGAGAGAAGCGGGAUCACAAUGAGCAGUUCAACGAUGGAUAUGGUCCACCACCGGGCUCGGCGAGCGCCGACCCAGCCAGUUAUAUUGCCGAUCCGGCGGCGUUUUACAAUUUGUACACGAAUAUGGGUGGCGCGCCGACGUCAACUCCGAUGAUGCACCAUGAGAUGGGUGAAGCCAUGAAACGGGAUAAGGAGUCUAUUUAUGCCCAUCCACUCUAUCCACUUCUAGUUCUCCUAUUCGAAAAAUGCGAGCUCGCCACGUCAACGCCCCGAGACACGUCACGCGACGGAUCCACGUCAUCGGACGUGUGCUCCAGCGCGUCUUUCAAAGAUGAUCUCAACGAAUUUGUAAGACAUACCCAAGAGAAUGCUGACAAGCAGUACUAUGUACCGAAUCCACAACUAGAUCAAAUUAUGCUCCAAUCGAUUCAGAUGCUUCGAUUCCAUCUGUUGGAGCUUGAAAAGGUCCACGAGCUCUGCGACAACUUCUGCAAUCGAUACGUGGUCUGUCUGAAAGGCAAAAUGCCGCUGGAUAUCGUUGGCGACGAGCGUGCCUCAUCCUCACAACCACCAAUGUCCCCCGGAAGCAUGGGACACCUCGGUCACUCAUCGUCCCCAUCGAUGGCCGGUGGAGCGACGCCGAUGCACUAUCCACCACCAUACGAACCGCAAUCAGUUCCAUUGCCGGAGAAUGCUGGCGUAAUGGGAGGGCAUCCGAUGGAGGGAUCAUCAAUGGCUUAUUCGAUGGCUGGAAUGGCGGCCGCUGCCGCAUCAUCAUCAUCGUCUUCCAACCAAGCAGGGGACCACCCUUUAGCGAACGGCGGGACGCUCCACUCGACGGCUGGAGCCUCCCAGACGCUGUUGCCCAUAGCCGUCAGUAGUCCUUCGACGUGCUCGUCGGGUGGUCUAAGACAGGAUUCGACACCCUUGUCCGGUGAGACACCCAUGGGUCAUGCGAACGGAAAUUCGAUGGAUUCGAUUUCAGAAGCUGCACCCUCGUCGGCAUCAUCGUCGUCGUCCUCGAAGAAUAAACCGUCGACGCCGAACGGAGGACGGAUAGGCAAAAGUCGAGGACGGGGAAUUUUUCCGAAACAGGCGACAAAUCGACUUCGGCAGUGGCUUUUUCAAAAUCUUACGGUAAGGAGUUUUUUGUUUGAAAAUGAUGUCUUUUUGGUUUAUUCACAAUUUAUGUUCACUAAACUUUUGUUUCUGUCUUUUGUUCAUUUUACUCCUUCUUCUUCUUAUUCUUCAUGUUUUAUCUGAUCUCAUUCUUAUUCCAAAAUCAUCCGCUGUCCCCUUAAAAUAAGAGCAUCAUUAGGGUCCGAAUACAGGAGGGUCUAGAUCCUUGCCGAUCAUGACCCGAAAUGUAUUCCAGGCGACGAGUUCUCCGUGUGCGGAUCGAAUGAUGAUGGUCGAGAUUCGGUGCUGUCCGACUCGGCAAACGGAAGUCAGAAUGGCAAGCGAAAAGUGCCGAAAGUAUUUUCAAAGGAGGCGAUUACCAAAUUCCGCGCGUGGUUAUUUCACAAUUUGACGGUAAGGGUGCAGGCUUAUCUCGAAUAUUAAUCUCAAGUUCUUUUUCUCUUUUUUCUCACUUUUUUUUGUCUGAUUCAUUUCUCACCUUUCUUCCUCACUUUCUCUGUGUGAGCGCCCAUGUCUUCAUCAUCAUCGACACCUCCUACAGUAAUCUAGAUUUGCAAAACUUGUUGGGAGGUCGUCGUCGUCCGGAGGCAAGGGACGUACACAUACUAGUGUAACACUGAAUUUUUACAACUGGUCAGAGGUCACUUUUGUGGUCCCCCUACCCCAAACAGAUGAUGAGAGAAGGGGCUAAUGUUCAAUUUUCAGCAUCCCUACCCAUCAGAAGAGCAGAAGAAACAGUUGGCAAAAGAAACGGGUCUCACAAUUCUUCAGGUUAACAACUGGUUCAUCAACGCUCGACGACGAAUUGUACAGCCAAUGAUUGAUCAGAACAACCGAGCCGGGCGUAGCGGUCAGAUGAAUGUUUGUAAAAAUCGACGACGAAAUCGAAGUGAGCAGUCACCUGGGCCAAGUCCCGAUUCGGGAUCGGACAGUGGAGCAAACUAUUCACCGGAUCCAUCGUCGCUAGCGGCGAGCACAGCAAUGCCGUACCCAGCCGAAUUCUACAUGCAGAGGACGAUGCCGUACGGUGGAUUUCCAUCAUUCACAAAUCCAGCAAUGCCAUUCAUGAAUCCAAUGAUGGGCUUCCAAGUGGCUCCAACAGUAGAUGCUCUUUCUCAACAAUGGGUUGAUCUCUCAGCACCACACGAAUAAGGGUCCGAACAUAUUUAUUACAACAGUAUACCGCCAAAGGUUCUCCUCAAAUGAUCAGUUGUUUUUUUUUGGAAUCGUUUUUCCAAGUUUUCCAUGACUUUAAAUGUUUCUCUCUCUCUCUCUGCGUCUCUCACUCCCUCACACUCUCUCUCUCUCUCUAUAACUACUACAGAUUCGCCAAUUUCCAUGGUAAAAAUGGUAAUAUCGACUAUUUGUUAUUGUUCUCAAAAAAAAAAUUGUGACCACAGGGUUAAUACCACACAUUCAAUUGCUCUCCAAAAUGUAAUAUUUUUUGACAAAAUAUUUGAAAAUUGAAAACUGAAACUAAUUGAUUAAUUCCAGUUCAUAUCAAAUGUAUGUUCUUAUUCUCCUCCUCCAGUUCUCCUCAUGUUUGGAACUCAUUUUUCUAAUAUUUCAGUCCUAAAAUUACAAUAUACCUUCUUUGUCUCUCUCUCUCAUCACCACUCGUUUGCCUUGUCGAUUUAAUUUCUUUUUUCUUUUUAAUAUUUGUUUUUUUUCCUCCAUGAAUAUAGAAUUAAAAUUUUAAACUUUAAAA